GGGUGGGUCGGGUCGGACACACGCAGCCUGCAGCAGCAGUGGGGCUGGGGCAGCUCUCAGGGGCCACCCGGCCUCUCUUCUCCAGCUUUUGCAGUGCUGGGAUCAGCUGACAUCAAACCAUCUCGCCUGUGAAAAUCCCAUCUGAACCGGGGAGGUUUGCAGUGAAACCCAAGCUGCCACUGAGCUGCAGUUCCCCUUUCUUCCCCAGCCGCAGAGAGGUGCCUAUCUCCAACAGUCCCCAACCCACAGAUGGCAGCUCCCAGGGUGGCAGUGGUGGGCGCGGGGCUCAUCGGACUGUCCACAGCGUUACGUAUUGCUGAGGUGAACCCCAACUGCUGCUCCAUCACUCUCCUUUCAGAGCAGUUCAGCCCCAACACAACGAGCGACGUGGCAGCUGGCAUGCUCAUCCCUCACACUUACCCAGGCACACCAAUCCACGUGCAGAAGCAAUGGUUCAAAGAGACUUUCACCUACCUUUUUGCUAUCAGCAACUCAGAUGAGGCGUCAGAGGCUGGCAUUCACCUGGUCUCUGGCUGGCAGAUCUUUAAAAACCCUUCUGAAGCUGAGGUGCCUUUCUGGUCUGACAUUGUCCUGGGGUUCCGACCGAUGUCCGCAGCAGAACUGCAGAAGUUCCCACAGCACAGCCACGGCCAGGCCUUUACAACACUGAAGUGUGACUGCCCCCCCUACCUGCUGUGGCUGGAGAAAAGGUUGAAAGCAAGCGGUGUCCAGAUACACACCAGAAAAGUCACAGAUCUAUGGGAGCUGCACAGCGAGUAUGACAUUGUUGUCAACUGUGCAGGCAUCGGAGCCCGCCAGCUUGUGGGGGACCAGCAGCUGUUCCCCAUCAGGGGCCAAGUGCUCAAGGUUCACGCUCCUUGGCUGAAAAACUUCAUCCGGGAUGGGGAUGGCUUAACUUACAUCUACCCAGGGAUAGACAGUGUAACUCUCGGGGGAACCAGGGAAAAGGAGAGCUGGCGUCUCUCCCCUGACCCUGGCACUACCAAAGACAUCUUUGACAGAUGUUGCUCCCUUGAGCCUUCGCUGCAACGAGCUCGGGAUAUCAGGGUGAAGGUGGGCCUGAGGCCAUCCAGAUCAUCUGUGAGACUGCAGAGAGAGGUUCUGAGCCAGGGAGGAGCCAAGCUGCUGGUGGUCCACAACUAUGGGCAUGGGUCAGGUGGCUUUUCAGUGCACAGAGGCACAGCUGAGGAGGCCACUCACCUGGUGGGAGAAUGCAUUGCUGCUCUGCAGGGUUCCUCAUCCAGGGCCAAGCUUUGAAUCCCUGAACCUCCUUUUCCUUUUACAACAGGCUAAUGCAGCAUCUUCUUUUAGAACCUUUGGACUUUUAUUUCAUUAAUAAAUGGAGAGAAGGAAACUAAAACAACUCGUGCCUUUGCAGGCACUUGGUGGUAUCUCACCUGGCUUCCAGUGGCCACCUUGGAAAAGUGCAGUGGGUCCAUCCCAGCAUUAGCCCAACUCUCCAUCUCCUCCGUCUGGUAUCAUUUCUGCCCUGGUGAUUUCUUCUAGCUUUGUGCUUGGGAGGGUACAAGAUACAUAAAUAUCCUUCACAUAGCAAAAAUCACUGCUUCAUUAUAAUACAAAUAAUGUAAAUUAAUCAUUUAUUCAUCUACAUCUAAAGCAUAUUUGAUGUACUAGAUUCAGUAAAAACUAAUUCUCUGCUGUUGUAUUAGAUCUACUCUAGUACUGUCCUUACUUUGCCACCUUGCUAACGAAUUUUACAAUUGCCUUUAUGAGUUACAAUAAUAGUAAACUCCUGCUGAGUGCUGCAUGACAGUGCUUUGGGUCAACUCUUGCAGAAAGCAGUGGCAGGGACAGGGACCCUGUCAUGCACAGGGAACAAAUAAGUAUGAUUUCAGGAGUAGGUUACAUAUUACACCUUGUGUGACUUGAUACAAAAUUUCUGCGAGAGGAAGUUGCCAGGUAUGGGCCAGAUUUAUACCUCACCUUUCAUGCUUUAUUGCAAGUAUCUUCUAUUCUGAGUCUCUCUUGUUUUGCUCUCAGAAAUAAGCUGAUUUUUCCCAAAUAGCAGUAUUGAAAUGGCCAGUCUGCCUGUAUGAUAUGAAAGAGAAUUUAUCAGGGUGGGCUUGGGAGCACAAAAAUUUCUACUUCUCUUCAGCACUUGCAGCUUUUCUUGUAAAGUUGAUGAAAAUAAACCAGCGACAAACCAACAAAGAUCUUAGCACCAACUGCAGUUGUGUGAGUGAGAAACAAGCCAUGUAAGUCUAGAUAAACACUGCAAAGAGAAAUUUGAGCUUGCUGUCAAAGUACAAGAUGAAUGUCUGACUGUUAGUGAUUAAACUGCUCAUUAGACUGGAAAUGGCUUAUUUAACUGUUAGCAUCCACUUUUGACUCGUUCUUUGUCCUCAAGAUUACAAACCAAAUCAAAAUCCUUCAAGAAAUAACAUGAUUAAAUUUGAUAAAUAAAAUUCUAAUAGCAGAGCAAA